AUGACGUCCAUCCAUUUCGUCGUUCACCCGCUGCCGGGCACCGAGGACCAGCUCAAUGACAGGUUACGAGAAGUGUCAGAGAAACUGAACAAGUAUAAUUUAAACAGUCACCCUCCAUUGAAUGUAUUGGAACAGGCUACUAUUAAACAAUGUGUGGUAGGACCAAAUCAUGCUGCAUUUCUUCUUGAGGAUGGUAGAGUCUGCAGGAUUGGUUUUUCAGUGCAGCCAGACAGAUUGGAAUUGGGUAAACCUGAUAAUAAUGAUGGUUCAAAGUUGAGCAGUGGCUCAGGGGCAGGAAGGACAUCCAGGCCAGGCAGGACUAGUGACUCCCCAUGGUUUCUGUCUGGUUCUGAAACUCUGGGCAGACUGGCAGGCAACACCCUUGGAAGUCGCUGGAGUUCAGGAGUGGGUGGAAGUGGAGGAGGCUCUUCUGGUAGGUCAUCUGCUGGAGCUCGAGACUCUCGACGACAGACCAGAGUUAUUCGUACAGGACGAGAUCGAGGGUCUGGCUUAUUGGGCAGUCAGCCCCAGCCAGUUAUUCCUGCAUCUGUCAUUCCAGAAGAACUCAUUUCACAGGCCCAAGUUGUUUUACAGGGGAAAUCUAGAAGUGUUAUUAUUCGGGAACUCCAGCGAACAAAUCUUGAUGUAAACCUUGCUGUAAAUAAUUUGCUUAGCCGUGAUGAUGAAGAUGGAGAUGAUGGGGAUGAUACUGCAAGUGAAUCAUAUUUACCUGGAGAGGAUCUUAUGUCUCUUCUUGAUGCUGAUAUUCAUUCUGCACACCCAAGUGUCAUUAUUGAUGCUGAUGCUAUGUUUUCAGAAGACAUUAGCUACUUUGGCUAUCCUUCUUUUCGUCGUUCAUCACUUUCCAGGCUAGGCUCAUCUCGAGAGAGAGACUCUGAGCUGUUGCGUGAACGUGAAUCCGUUUUACGUUUGCGUGAGCGAAGGUGGCUUGAUGGAGCCUCAUUUGAUAAUGAAAGGGGCUCUACAAGCAAGGAAGGCGAACCAAACUUGGAUAAGAAGAAUACACCUGUGCAAAGCCCAGUAUCACUAGGAGAAGAUUUGCAGUGGUGGCCAGAUAAGGAUGGAACAAAAUUUACAUCUAUUGGAGCUCUGUAUUCUGAGCUUUUGGCAGUUAGCAAUAAAGGGGAGCUCUAUCAGUGGAAAUGGAGUGAAUCAGAGCCUUAUAGGAAUGCACAGAAUCCUUCAUUACAUCAUCCACGAGCAACGUUUUUGGGGUUAACCAAUGAAAAGAUAGUCCUCCUUUCUGCAAAUAGUAUCAGAGCAACUGUAGCUACGGACAAUAACAAGGUUGCCACAUGGGUGGAUGAAACUUUAAGUUCUGUUGCCUCUAAACUAGAGCAUACUGCACAAACUUACUCAGAGCUUCAGGGAGAACGGAUAGUUUCAUUACACUGUUGUGCUCUAUACACCUGUGCUCAACUGGAGAAUAAUCUGUAUUGGUGGGGUGUGGUCCCUUUUAGUCAGAGGAAGAAGAUGUUAGAAAAGGCAAGGGCAAAAAAUAAGAAGCCCAAAUCUAGUGCUGGCAUCUCCUCCAUGCCUAAUAUCACAGUUGGCACCCAGGUAUGCUUAAGAAAUAAUCCUCUUUAUCAUGCUGGAGCAGUUGCUUUUUCAAUUAGUGCUGGAAUUCCUAAAGUUGGUGUAUUAAUGGAGUCAGUUUGGAAUAUGAAUGACAGCUGUAGAUUUCAACUUCGCUCACCUGAAAGUUUGAAAAAUAUGGAGAAAGCUAGCAAAACCACUGAAGCUAAACCUGAAAGUAAACAGGAGCCUGUGAAAACUGAAAUGGGUCCCCCACCUUCACCAGCUUCCACAUGUAGUGAUGCUUCUUCAAUUGCAAGCAGUGCAUCAAUGCCAUAUAAACGACGACGGUCUACUCCAGCUCCAAAAGAAGAGGAGAAGGUGAAUGAAGAACAAUGGUCUCUUAGGGAGGUGGUGUUCGUAGAAGAUGUGAAGAAUGUUCCUGUUGGCAAGGUACUAAAAGUAGAUGGUGCAUAUGUUGCUGUGAAAUUUCCAGGCAAUUCCAGUAAUACAAAUUGUCAGAGCAGUUCUAGUUCAGAUCCUGAUCCAUCUUCUCUUCUUCAAGAUUGCAGACUUCUUAGAAUUGAUGAAUUACAGGUGGUCAAAACUGGUGGUACACCCAAGGUUCCUGACUGUUUCCAAAGGACCCCUAAGAAGCUUUGUAUUCCUGAAAAAACAGAAAUUUUAGCAGUGAAUGUGGAUUCAAAAGGUGUGCAUGCUGUUUUGAAGACUGGGAAUUGGGUGCGAUACUGUAUCUUUGACCUUGCUACAGGAAAAGCAGAACAGGAAAACAAUUUUCCUACUAGCAGUAUUGCCUUCCUUGGUCAGAAUGAGAGGAAUGUUGCUAUUUUUACAGCUGGACAGGAAUCACCUAUUAUUCUUAGAGACGGAAAUGGUACGAUCUAUCCUAUGGCAAAAGAUUGUAUGGGAGGAAUAAGAGAUCCUGAUUGGCUUGAUCUUCCACCUAUCAGUAGUCUUGGAAUGGGGGUACAUUCUUUAACAAAUCUUCCGGCUAAUUCAACCAUCAAAAAGAAAGCUGCUAUUAUCAUCAUGGCUGUAGAGCGUGUUUAUUAUGUUUGUAGCAUUUCUUCAGAUACAGGAUUUAAUGAUGUAAUGGGAUAUAGGGCUUUGUUGCGUGCUACUUUACUUAGUGCUCGCCAGGGAAUGAUGUCUGCUCGAGGUGACUUCUUAAAUUAUGCCCUUUCCUUAAUGCGGUCUCAUAAUGAUGAACAUUCUGAUGUCCUUCCUGUUUUGGAUGUUUGCUCACUAAAACACGUUGCAUAUGUUUUUCAAGCCCUUAUUUAUUGGAUUAAAGCAAUGAACCAACAGACAACCUUGGAUACACCUCAACUAGAACGCAAAAGGACCCGUGAGCUCUUAGAACUGGGCAUCGACAAUGAAGAUUCAGAACAUGAAAAUGACGACGAUACCAAUCAAAGUGCCACAUUGAAUGAUAAAGAUGAUGAUACGCUCACUGCAGAAACGGGACAGAAUCAUCCAUUUUUCCGACGAUCAGAUUCCAUGACAUUCCUUGGGUGUAUACCUCCAAAUCCUUUUGAAGUACCUUUGGCUGAAGCCAUCCCUUUGGCUGAUCAGCCACAUCUACUACAGCCAAAUGCUAGAAAAGAGGAUCUUUUUGGCCGUCCGAGUCAGGGUCUCUAUUCAUCAUCUGCCAGUAGUGGGAAAUGCUUUAUGGAAGUUACAGUGGAUAGGAACUGCCUUGAGGUUCUUCCAACUAAAAUGUCUUAUGCUGCCAACCUGAAAAAUGUAAUGAACAUGCAAAAUCGGCAAAAGAAAGAAGGGGAGGAACAAAAUUUGCUGACAGAAGAAUCUGAAAGUUCAAAACCAGGGCCAUCUGCUCAUGACCUUGCAGCACAAUUGAAAAGUAGUUUGUUGGCUGAAAUAGGGUUGACUGAAAGUGAAGGGCCUCCUCUAACAUCAUUCAGGCCUCAAUGCAGUUUCAUGGGAAUGGUUAUCUCUCAUGAUAUGUUGCUGGGACGCUGGCGCCUUUCUUUAGAGUUAUUUGGCAGAGUGUUCAUGGAAGAUGUUGGUGCAGAACCUGGAUCAAUCCUUACUGAAUUGGGUGGUUUUGAAGUAAAAGAAUCAAAAUUCCGUAGAGAGAUGGAAAAACUGAGAAAUCAGCAGUCAAGAGAUUUAACAUUAGAGGUUGAUAGAGAUCGUGAUCUUCUAAUUCAGCAAACAAUGAGGCAGCUUAACAAUCAUUUUGGUCGCAGAUGUGCUACUACUCCCAUGGCUGUACAUAGAGUAAAAGUUACAUUUAAAGAUGAACCAGGAGAGGGCAGUGGUGUGGCACGAAGUUUCUAUACUGCUAUUGCACAAGCUUUUUUGUCAAAUGAAAAACUGCCAAAUCUAGAUUGUAUUCAGAAUGCCAACAAAGGUACACAUACAAGUUUGAUGCAAAGAUUAAGGAAUAGAGGGGAGAGAGAUCGGGAAAGAGAACGAGAAAGGGAAAUGCGGAGGAGUAGUGGUUUGCGAGCAGGUUCUAGAAGAGAUCGAGACAGGGAUUUUAGGAGACAACUUUCCAUUGACACAAGGCCUUUCAGGCCAGCAUCUGAAGGAAAUCCUAGUGAUGACCCUGAUCCUCUUCCAGCACAUCGUCAGGCACUUGGCGAGAGGCUUUAUCCCCGGGUUCAAGCAAUGCAACCAGCAUUUGCAAGUAAAAUCACAGGUAUGCUAUUGGAAUUAUCCCCUGCUCAGCUGCUGCUCCUACUAGCAAGCGAAGAUUCUUUGAGAGCAAGAGUAGAUGAGGCCAUGGAACUAAUUAUUGCACAUGGAAGGGAAAAUGGAGCUGAUAGUAUCUUGGACCUUGGAUUGUUAGACUCUUCAGAAAAGGUGCAGGAAAACCGAAAACGACAUGGCUCCAGUAGAAGUGUGGUAGAUAUGGAAUUAGAUGAUACAGAUGAUGGUGAUGAUAAUGCUCCAUUGUUUUACCAGCCUGGAAAAAGAGGUUUUUAUACUCCAAGACCUGGCAAAAACACAGAAGCAAGGUUAAAUUGUUUCAGAAAUAUUGGCAGAAUCCUUGGACUCUGCUUGCUACAGAAUGAACUGUGUCCUAUCACAUUGAAUAGGCAUGUAAUUAAAGUAUUGCUUGGUAGAAAAGUUAAUUGGCACGAUUUUGCAUUUUUUGAUCCUGUUAUGUAUGAGAGUUUGCGGCAACUUAUCCUCGCCUCACAGAGUACAGAUGCCGAUGCUGUUUUCGCAGCAAUGGAUUUGGCAUUUGCAAUAGACCUGUGCAAAGAAGAGGGUGGAGGACAGGUUGAACUAAUUCCUAAUGGUGUAAAUAUACCCGUCACCCCUCAGAAUGUAUAUGAGUAUGUACGGAAAUAUGCUGAACACAGAAUGUUGGUAGUUGCUGAACAGCCUCUACAUGCAAUGAGGAAAGGCCUGUUGGAUGUCCUUCCAAAGAAUUCAUUAGAAGAUUUAACAGCAGAAGAUUUCAGACUUUUGGUAAAUGGUUGUGGUGAAGUAAAUGUGCAAAUGUUGAUCAGCUUCACUUCUUUCAAUGAUGAAUCAGGAGAAAAUGCUGAGAAGCUCUUGCAGUUCAAGCGGUGGUUUUGGUCAAUAGUGGAGAAGAUGAGUAUGACAGAACGGCAAGAUCUUGUUUACUUUUGGACAUCAAGCCCAUCAUUGCCUGCCAGUGAAGAGGGAUUUCAGCCUAUGCCAUCAAUAACAAUAAGACCACCAGACGACCAACACCUUCCUACAGCAAACACUUGCAUAUCUCGACUUUACGUCCCACUUUAUUCCUCUAAACAGAUUCUAAAACAGAAAUUGUUACUCGCCAUUAAGACCAAGAAUUUUGGUUUUGUGUAGAGUAUAAAAAGUGUGUAUUGCUGUGUAAUAUUACUAGCUAAGUUUUGUAGAUUUUUCCAUUUGUCUAUAAAAGUUUAUGAAAGUUAAUGCUGUCAUGCCCCUGGUGGUACUUUAAUGAUUAAAUGCAAACAUUCCUAUACCAAGUUUGUAACCUAUAGGUCUAAGAAGCACUAGCAAUAUUUGACUGUAACUGUUUGCUAGUCAAUAACUUCUUGGCCUAACCCCAGCCAAAGAUGACAGCAGAACAAUAUAAUUCACACUGUGAUUUAUCUUUUUGCUGAGGGGGAAAAAUGUAAAAUGUUCUGAAAAUUCACUGCUGCCUUUGUGGAAAGUGUUUCAGCAAAGGUUCUUGUAUAGAGGGAGUAGGGAAUUUCAAAAUAAAAAAUUAAGUAUGUUC